CUAUUCACUGCUGGCCAGUGUCAUGUCUGAUUGCCGACAAAAUGAAGCUUGUUGACGAUGUUGUUCGAAGUCUUCGUGUUUCAAAAAUAUUUAGAGAAAAUACAGAUAGGAUCAGUAGUUUGAAUUUUUCAGCAAAUGGAGAGACUCUCUUGACGAGCAGUGAUGAUGACUCUAUUGUCAUUUACGAUUGCCUCAAUGGAACACCUAAGAGAACCCUGAAUAGUAAAAAGUAUGGGGUGGACCUCAUUCGGUACACUCACGCCCAGAACACAGCUCUCCACUGCUCAACAAAAGUUGAUGACACUAUCAGGUAUCUUUCCUUGCAUGACAACAAGUACAUUCGCUACUUUCCUGGUCACACAAAAAAAGUUGUCACACUUUGCAUGUCCCCCAUAGAUGAUGCUUUCAUCUCGGGUUCCAUGGACAAAACAAUCCGCCUGUGGGACUUGCGCUCUCAAAACUGCCAGGGUGUGAUGUAUUUGUCUGGUCGACCGGUGGCAGCGUUUGAUCCAGAAGGCUUGAUAUUUGCAGCUGGUGUUAACUCUGAAAGCGUGAAGCUGUAUGAUCUUCGAUCUUUUGAUAAGGGACCUUUCACAACUUUCAAACUUCCCCAAGACAAAGAAUGCGACUGGACGGGCCUGAAGUUUAGUCCUGAUGGCAAAAUGAUACUCAUCUCAACAAAUGGCAAUGUCAUCCGUUUGAUAGACGCUUUCCAGGGAACCCCUCUCCAGGCUUUUAUGGGCUUCACCAAUCAUAAAGGAAUUCCCCUCGAAGCCUCAUUCACCCCAGAUGCCAGAUAUGUGUUCUCAGGGUCCACGGACGGCAAGGUCCACUGUUGGAGUACCGAGUCCGGGGUCAAGAUGGCCAUUCUACAGUCGGACCACCCGGGCCCCAUCCAGUGCAUCCAGUUCAACCCCAAGUACAUGAUGAUGGCUUCAGCCUGUCAAAACAUGGCAUUCUGGCAACCUGCAGUUGACGACUGAUCCUCUUUUUGCCUCAAGUUCAUAGUUGACAGCAUUUCAUUUCACAUUUUUGUUGCUUUUAUUUUUUUAAAGUCAUUGUAGCUGUUUCCUUCAUGUUCAUAUCAUUUUCAUUAAAAUCAUCUGUACAUAAUGAGUCAUUAGUGAAUAAAAUGUCUUUGUAAUUUUA